UUUAACAGAUAUACCUGUGCCUGACGCAAUUUGUCUGGGCGAGAUUACUGCAUAGGCAGUUAGAUUGAUAAACAUCUGUCAAACAACCUGUCAACGAAGACAAAGCAAGAUAAAAGUGCUUUCGCCAACAAAGAUGUGAAACUGAACGCAUGAUAUCCCGAACAGCAAAUUGCACAUGAUUUCUAUAGCCAACUUAUCCCACACAUCGAAUAACACAUCAAUAAUCUACGACAAUAGAAUACCAAACGUAUAUAUAUACAAAAAUGAAACUCACAACGAGACAUCGGAAUUAUCUAUCGAUAUAUCGAAUUCGACAUUCGAACAAUCGAAUACAUCAUUCGAGAUGUCGAACGAGAAUUUUACGGAAUACGCUGAAAUACCAUAUUAUAUAAAAGCUACGUCUAUGACAUUUUGUAUAGUAAUUAUGUGUUUGGGUGUCAUUGGUAAUGUCAUGGUGCCAAUAGUAAUAUUAAAAACGAAAGAUAUGAGAAACUCAACUAAUAUAUUUCUUGUGAACUUGAGCAUAGCAGAUCUUAUGGUAUUGUUAGUCUGCACACCAACAGUACUUGUGGAAGUAAACUCUAAACCUGAGACUUGGGUGCUGGGGAAGGAGUUAUGUCUGGCAGUACCAUUCGUGGAGUUGACAGUCGCCCAUGCGUCAGUAUUGACCAUCCUUGCAAUCAGCUUCGAGAGAUACUACGCCAUCUGUGAACCACUCCGUGCCGGUUACGUUUGUACAAAAACUAGAGCGACUCUAAUUUGUGCGUUAGCUUGGUUCUUCGCUGCUCUCUUCACCAGUCCAAUCCUGGCGAUCGCUGAGCACCACACAGUGACACGGCAAGAUGGCACAGUCUCCUCGCAAUGCCUCACUCAAGCUGUCACCUACUGGCAAAUUACAUUCUUCAUCAUGGUUAUAAUACUGCUCUAUGUACUCCCACUACUGAUACUUAUUGUUCUAUACAGUAUUAUUGCCAAAAAUCUUAUUACAGCCGCAUCUAAAGUUGUAUUAAACAAAACUGUAGAUCCUUAUAACACGAGAGCUAGAAAGCAAGUGAUAUUAAUGCUGGGAACUGUGGUUUUAUGCUUUUUCUUAUGCCUCAUGCCGUACAGAGUUCUAAUUAUGUGGAUCAUAGUAACUCCUUCAGAGUUAUCAGAUACUGUUAGUCCAGAAAAAUGGUACAAUUUACUUUAUUUCUCUAGAAUAAUGUUAUACAUUAACUCAGCUAUAAAUCCGAUACUCUACAAUUUAAUGUCAUCAAAAUUCAGGAUUGGUUUUUGCAAGAUUUGCAUUUGUCAUAAACAUUUUUCUGAAAGAACACAGAAUAGACGUGUGCAAAGAACAGCAACGAACGGGUCCACAACUAGUAGCAGUUUAUCAAGGACGACGAAUAGUUUAAAGAAAUUCUUCAGUCAUAGAAGCAGUAUUGAAAAGAGCGAUGAAUCUGAGAGCAAAGAUAAUAAAGACGAGAGAAAACAUGGCUUCUAUAGGAUGUUUACAAGUAGACGAUUCAUUCGACAGCAAUCGGCCCCAAUUUGUCCGAGUCCUAAAGUGAAAAAGAUAACCAGAAUGAGGAGCGAAGGGAAUAUGCUCGAAGUGGACGCUUUUGAGGUCGAUCGUAAAACAAGUCGCGCCUAUCCGAAAGAUGUCGCGCCAAAAUUUAUUGGUCAUUCCAAUGUUAGUGCUAAAAAUAGGACAGAUAUAGAAAUGGAUUCAUCAAAUCGUUCGCAAGGAUCUUUGAGGCGUAGCGUUUUAAUAAACAGCGCUAAGGGAAAAAGUUUCGAAGGUGACAGUAAAAAGUUCGUUACGUACCAAAAGAUAAGGGUCGAAUGUGUGGUCGGCUUUCAGAAGUCGAGGAGUGUCGAUUACGACUUCCCCGAGAGUUUUGUUUGAUGUAUGUUUAGAAAGAUUUGUUUGUAGCUUGCUCAUAAAACUGUUAUCUUUUAUUUAUUUGUUUA